UGCAGUUAUGUUGUGAGAAUGUUAGUAAGGUUAGAGGGAGAAUCAGGACUGGUGAAUGUGUGGUGCGAUAUACUCAAACUUAAAUGUCGAGAAUAAGACUCGAUACUAAGCGAAGGUUUCCCCAUGCCUUCUAACAUGGAGUACAUAUUACGGAUUCUGUUGAUGAUCGGAAUCGUCCGUUUGUGCAAAGGAUCCCCACAACUGUUAUUCGCUAACAGAAAGGAUGUGAGGAUUAUCGACUCCGAAAAUGCAAAGGGGAACUCGACCGUGGUCGUUGCAAACUUGGAAGAUGCAUCGGCUGUAGAUUUCAUUUUCAGUGAAGGAGCUAUAUUCUGGACGGAUGUCAGCCUUGAAGUCAUUAAAAGGACUAACCUGAAUGAUCCUCAGAACAGUAUUAAUGUGAUAGCAACAGGUUUAGUGUCGCCAGACGGGCUGGCUUGUGAUUGGCUGGGAAUGAAACUCUACUGGACAGACUCGGAAACCAAUCGGAUAGAAGUCAGUAAUUUGGAUGGGACAUAUAGAAAGGUUUUAUUCUGGGAAGGAUUGGACCAGCCGCGGGCAAUUGCAUUAGAUCCAGCCAAUGGGUACAUGUACUGGACGGACUGGGGCGAGAAUCCAAAGAUUGAGCGUGCAGGAAUGGAUGGAAGCAAGUGGAGUAGAACAGAAAUAAUAAAAGAUAAUAUUUUCUGGCCAAAUGGUCUGACCCUUGACUACGAUGAUUCUAAAAUAUACUGGGCAGACGCCAAAUUAAGCUUUAUUCACCGCUGUGAUUUUGACGGAUCUAAUCGUCAGGAGGUGAUUGCUGGCGAACUCCCUCACCCUUUCGCAUUGACUCUGUACGAGAAAACGCUAUACUGGACGGAUUGGCAGACAAGAUCAAUACACAAAUGCAACAAGCUCACUGGUCAGCAACAAUGGACUGUUCACGAAGAAAUAUACUCUCCAAUGGACAUUCAUGUCUACACUGCCAAGAGGCAACCCAAGGAUUUGAGAAAAACCCGAGGGAUGAAUCCUUGUGGUAACAACAAUGGCGGAUGUUCUCAUCUCUGCCUCAUGUCACCGAAGGAACCAUUUUAUGCCUGUGCUUGUCUGACUGGUGUCAAACUGCUGGCAAACAACAAGACGUGUGCUGAUGGGCCCCAGAAGAAUUUGUUUUUAGCUCGAAGAACAGACCUCCGAAGAAUCUCCUUGGAUACGCCAGACUACACUGAUGUCGUCCUCCCCCUGGACAACAUUCGCCAUGCCAUUGCCAUCGACUACGACCCCGUGGAGGGAUAUGUGUACUGGACAGAUGAUGAAGUGCAGUCCAUUCGCAGAGCACAGUUGGAUGGGACAAGUCAAGAAGUGUUGAUCAACACGGAAGUGGACCAUCCUGACGGGAUAGCUAUAGAUUGGAUUGGACGGAAUUUGUACUGGACAGAUACAGGCACGGACAGAAUCGAAGUGGCUCGUCUAAACGGCACUUACCGAAAAGUGCUCAUCUCCGACAAACUGGACGAACCUCGGGCCAUAUGCUUGGAUCCUGUCGCAGGGCACAUGUAUUGGACGGACUGGGGAAAGCACCCAAAGAUCGAGCGUGCCAACCUUGACGGGACAGAUCGCGUGGUCCUUAUCAACACAACGCUAGGCUGGCCCAAUGGUCUUGCCCUGGAUUUCCAGACACACCGCAUGUACUGGGGCGAUGCCAAGACGGACAUGAUCGAGAUGGCCACCUUUGAGGGCGAGAACAGAACCGUGCUGGUUCGAGACAGUUUGCCUCACAUCUUUGGAUUUAGUCUUCUAGAUGACUAUGUAUACUGGACAGACUGGCAGCACCGCUCCAUUGAAAGGGUUAACAAAUACACAGGGGAUGAUAGAGUGACCAUCAUCGAGCAGCUGCCAGAUCUUAUGGGGUUAAAGGCUGUCAACGUGAAGAAGGCUGAAGGUACCAACCCAUGCGCUGACAACAACGGCGGCUGUAGUCACCUGUGUCUGCACCGUCCAGGUGGACCUGUCUGUGCCUGUCCCAUGGGCCUGGAACUGGUCAGCACUGGCAAGAUCUGCAUUGUUCCUGAAGCCUUCCUGCUGUACUCGAAGAGUUCCGAUAUCAUACGUAUCUCCCUGGAAACUAACCGCAACAACCAACCAAUCCCACUUCAGGGAGUAAAGAAGGCUCUGGCCAUCGACUUUGAUAUCAACGACAACCGGAUCUACUGGACAGAUGGUUCUCUCAAGAGCAUCAGUCGAGCUUUUAUGAACGGCAGUGCAUUGGAGCACAUCAUCGAGUUUGGGCUGAGCUACCCAGAAGGCAUGGCUGUGGACUGGGUGGCCCACAACAUCUACUGGGCAGACACAGGCAAGAACCGCAUUGAGAUGGCGAGACUAGAUGGCUCAUCAAGGAAGGUGCUCAUCUGGCGGGAUUUGAACAGUCCACGAGCUCUUGCACUGGAUCCUCCAAAUGGGUACAUGUACCUGACGGUGUGGGGCGAACAUCCACACCUUGAGCGGGCUUCUCUGGAUGGCAGCAGGAGGAACGUCCUCAUCUCCAAGCUGGGUCGUGUCCAGGACCUCACCAUCGACUACGGCGAGCGUCGUCUCUACUGGGCCAACUUGGACAACAAGGCCAUCGAGUCCUCUGAUAUGAUGGGCAAGAAUCGUCGCACUGUUGUGCAAGAACAGCUUCCGCACCCAAUGGGACUGACACAGUAUCAGGACUUCGUCUACUGGACAGACGUGAAGCGCCAGACCAUUGAACGGGCCAACAAGUCGAGUGGAGACAAUCGCACGAAGAUCCAACAGGGGGUGGAGUUUGUCAUGGACAUCCUGGUCUUUCAUGCCUCAAGGCAAUCUGGCUGGAACCAGUGUGGUGUGAAUAAUGGUGCAUGCUCACAUCUGUGCCUGUCCCACCCCAAGACCGACAAGACUAGCAACAACACCUACUACUGUUCCUGCCCCACACACUACACCCUCAACAUCGACAACAAGACAUGCUCAGCUCCAGAGGACUACCUGCUAUUGGCCCAGCGCAAUGCUAUCAGUCGUCUAGCAAUGGACAAGAAGGAGUCGGAGACUGUGGACAACCCAGAGGUCGUUCUACCAAUACAUGGACUGCGCAAUAUCAAGGCUCUGCGUUUCGACCCGGUCGAUGACUUCAUAUACUGGAUUGAUGGACGCCAAAAGAACAUCAAGCGAGCCCACGAUAAUGGAACUAAGCUGGAAGUAGUGGUGCCGAACCAAAACAACAAACAGUUCAUCCCGUUUGACCUUGCCAUUGACCCAUACUCUCGAACCAUCUACUGGACAUGUAACAAUGUCAUCAAUGUCACGAGACUCAACAUGAAGCCAGUCGGAGUGAUCGUGUCGGCCAACAAUAUCAAACCCAGGUCCAUCGUUCUACACCCAGAGAGAGGGUACAUGUACUGGACAAACAUGGUGAGCCAAGCCCGCAUUGAGAAGGCCGCCAUGGAUGGCACAGAACGAAUAACUCUCUUCAAACUGGCUCUGGGACAUCCAGGAUCUCUAGCGAUUGAUAAGAAGUCCCGCAAACUCUUCUGGGCUGAUCACGAUCUUAAGCGAAUUGAAUGUUCCGAUUUGGAAGGUGGAAACAGGAAAAUUCUGUUGGAUGGUCUGACGGGAUCUCUUAGAGGUUUGGCAGCAUUUGGUGACUUCUUGUAUUGGCUUGAUAAAGAUAAUAACGUCAUUGAGAGGAUAAACAAGAAGAAUGGAGAAAACAGACUGUGGAUCCGAGGUAGGAUAACAGACCUGAGAGAUUUGAUUGCCGUGGAACAUAAUCUCGAAAUAAACAAUCAUCCAUGCUCUACAAACAAUGGUGGAUGUUCCGACAUCUGCUUCUCUCAAGAUACUGAGACAGUCAGGUGUUCCUGUCCCCUGAAUUUGGAGUUGAAGAGUGACGCCAAGACAUGUGCAGACCCCCCGACUUGUCAGCCGGACUACUUCACAUGCAAGAGUGGCGAUAUCCGAUGUAUUCCCAAUGUGUGGCGCUGCGACAACCUGGGGGAGUGUGAGGACCAAUCAGACGAGGAGGAUUGCCCGAGGUGUCGGUCGAACCAGUUCCAGUGUACAGACGGCCAAUGUAUUUCACAUGAGUUUGUGUGUGAUGGUCAGAAGAAAUGUGUGGAUGGAUCAGACGAGGAACAGUGUUGUGGGAAAGACGAAUUCAAGUGUCGAAAUCAUAAGUGUGUACAUAAAAAUAAGUUGUGUGAUGGCCAUAAUGACUGUACAGACGGGUCUGAUGAGAUCACUUGUACCCAGGGUUCAAGGUCGCCACCUCCGACUGCCACUCAUUAUGCAAUCGCUAUCGUCGUUGGAAUUGUGUUUCUGAUCUUGGUCGUAGCACUUGUGUUUAUUUGCCGGAGGAAAACUAACCAUUAUCCGUUAGACGACGGGGACAUUAUGAUGGUUAAGAAACCACUGAACCCACACUCAGAGGGUCAGUGCACCCCACCACAUACACUAUCAUCACGGGGAAAGUCAGUGGCCACGGGUCUGUCUUUGGACUCGGGUAGUGGCCCGCCGUUAUAUGAUCGCAAUCACGUGACUGGAGCUUCGUCAAGCAGUUCCACUGUCACGCAGUAUCCAAAAGAGACUCUGAACCCCCCUCCGAGUCCUGUGACAGACAGGUCAUACGCAGGGGAGUACUACUAUUCCUCUAACAGUUUAUCAACUGUGCGUUCAAACAGGCCCUACAAGUCCCAGAAAAUGCGGCAAUAUCGCAAUCACAUUCCACCUCCCCCUACCACGCCGUGUAGCACGGACGUUUGUGAGGACAGUGAACCUUACGUAAAAAAAUAUUAUUUCAACAAUUCAGUUGUGGAACUUAUGAGUUACGACUCAGACCCGUACUGCCCACCCCCGACUCCUCGAAGUCAGUAUUUUUCGGACGAAAUGAGUUGUCCCCCUUCACCAUCAACUGAAAGAAGCUACUUUAAUCCCUACCCACCUCCCCCAUCCCCUGUGGGGAAUUCCGACUGCUGAUAAACUCAACCCGUGCAAGUACCGACACAAUCCUGUGGAAAUGACACAAAAUGUGUAAAAGUGGGAGUGAUGAAGAAAUGAAUCGUGAAUGAGUGAGAUGCUGGAGACAAGAAGUGAUACAAGAAUUAAUUAUCCUUUAUCAAUUCCGACUCUUGCAUUUUGUUUAUGUGCAAGGUUAAGAAAGUGAUAAGCAAAGAAUUCUGUCUGCUUUGAAGGUCAGAUGCCACAUAAAUGCCAAAAAAUAUUGAAAAAUUUAUGUUAUAGCAAACCUGUGAGUGUUUAAAGAUGUUAAAAGGUACAAUCAGGUCUCAGUAUACCCCAAGACUUUACUGAAGUCAUUCUCUCCCGUUUGUUAUUUAAAUAAUGAAUAUUUAUAGAGGGAGUCAACCACAUUGUCAAAUGGAUGUUCAGAAUGCCAUUGGUGUGUUUGUCAUUUUACACAGAAUUUUGUCGAUUCUUGUAUACGUUUUUCUGGUGCUGUACUCAUAUGAUCAAAGAUGGCGAAACCAAAAACUGAUUUUUCACUGGUGAGUGGAGAGAGGUCAUACUUCGUGGGACUAGAUCCCAACUGGGCCAAAGAUCAAAAUGUUACUGGACUCUCUUAGUUUGUGGACUAUGUAAAGUGCUCAAUAUGUAUAUAAAAUGUUCUGUUAUUCAUCCAGAGGUUGUAUAUAAUACAAGGGAGCAAGGUAUCUUGAUGCUAUUUCCAGGGAGGAUCAGUUGGCUAAAAAUGGCACCUAUUUUAGUGAUGUGUAUUCUCACAUCUAUUCAAGGGCAAUUUUUCAUCGGACCAUUUCUUGGUUUAUAUUGCCCUUUAGAUUAUUUGACAGUUACUCAUCUCAGGAAUCAACCCUUCACGUUCUCUGGGUGGUACACUUCUCAUCGGAAUUUUGGCACAAAUGUUGUCAGAAAUGGUAGCGGUCUAGACAAAAAUAAUGGCAUAUGGUAUAAUCAGGUUGUGUGAAUAGUUGUGAUUUAUACUCUUUGUUUUCGUACUUAGUCCUUGGAAAUAAUAUCAAGAAAAAGCAUUGCUCCUUUGACAUGAAGACACUAGUCACAUUACUUGCUCAGGUAUUGUAGCAAGAGUAACCUCCCUUUAUUACUGUUGUCUCACCUUGAGAUGACCUUCACCUCAUUGCCCUUGUAUUUAACCUCUAUCCUCAGCCACUUGAAAAUAUUUCAGCCGGUUCUUUUUAAAUUAUGGUUCAAAUGUUCCGAAAGAAGUCUUUUCAGAAUUGAAGACCUUUUUGAUGGAAAAUUCAAAAUUAUUUUUGCCAGUACAAAAUUGGAAUUAAAGGGAGUCCUCAUCAGAUGUGUGUCAUAAGUCAGUCAAACUUUCGCAUUUUGUUGCUAGUCAUUCUUUUUGUUUUUGUCAGAAAGAAACACAUUAGUAGUGACUCUGAAUAAAACUUGUCACCUCUAUGUGAAUGUAAACUGUCUGUCUGAAGCAUGGGCACAGCUUGUACUGCUUCUAUUUUUUCAUUGUGAUUUGCAGACACAAACAUUGACAGGUUUGGUUAUGUCCGAAAUAUUUCUUUUUAUUCAACUUUGAUGAGAUUUUAGCAUGAUUACAAUUAGCAGUUGAAUUUGUAUGUACGAUAAGCAGUUUUUACCUGGACAUUUUAACUUGAUUUUUUUGCAUCACAAUUACGAUAAAAAAAAAUAGUUGUUUCAUGCUGAACACUAUACCAAUUCAGGACCCUCACACAGGCCUUUAGCUUCCUGAUUGACUUCUUGUAUGCAUUACAUAUUGACUGUAAAUAAGUGACUGAGGACAGAGGAAUGGCGUUGAAAGGGGGAUGUUUUCGAUGGCAGGGAUAAGCAAUAGAUUUGUUUGCAGGCAUAGGCAUGUCAUUGAUGUAGAGUUAUCUCCCUUGGUUUCUGCUAUUUAGCAUUGUUAUGCUGUAUACCAAAUCCUGAUUAAGAUGUUAAGGUUGCCUUUUGUAUUUUAUAAGUAUUAUGAUAAUCAAAUAUUAUUUCUUUCACAGAACUAUUACGAUUAAUACAAAUGUCAUGAUGAAGCUUAUUAUGCUCUGUUUUUGUAGCAAUGAUUUUCAGUUGACUUCAUAACAAUUAAUUCAAAGGGAGAUAACUCUAAAAUGAGACCAUAGGGAUAUUUAUACAUUGUACAAAUUCAUUUGUAAAUAUACAUUAUGUGUGUGAACUGAUUGUAAAGGAAGUGUACAAAAUAUGUAGAAAUCUUAGCCAGAGAGGGUGCAGUGUCUUAGGGAUCAUUUCAUAAGUUUUCAAGUCUUUAUAUGAUAUGAGCAGUAUCUAAGCACAAACUCUCACUCAGCAAAUAUUCAUAAUCCAUUCUCUACUUGUGAGAGUUGGUUAAAUAUGUGAUGUUAAAUUAAGACUUCAAAAAGUUUGAGAUGGUCCCUGUUGUAUGAAGCACCACCUAUAUCCAGUGUAGACGUGAUAUGUUUACCUCAUUGAAGAAUCAAUGGUACCUCAGUAGGACUAAAUACUGUGUUGAAUGAAAUGGCUAGGUGAAUUAAUAUACAUUAUUUGUCUUUCUCUGACUAUAAUGAUAUCAAGAAUAAUAGCAACAAUGUUGUAUUAAGUAUGUGUAUAAACCAUUUUGGUCCAAAGAUACAAUGUGAUAAGAGUGAUAUAAGCAUUUAUAACCUAGUCAGCUGAAAUAGGUCACUGUGACACAGUGUUUAAAACAUGAAGAAAUCCAGAGGUGGAUAUGCUAUAUGUUAUAGCAUGCCGAUAUCCUCUUUUGUUGAAAGAGUAUUUUUAUUGUCAUUAUGUUGGGAAAACUAAUGACAUGUCAAACCGUUGCUGGUCACACGACGCAUCCAAGUUGAUGUCCGUCACCUUGUGACAAAUUACAUUGUUUAUAUUGUCACUUUUAUUACACCGUUCACAAUGUAACUUACAUACCUUUUUUUACUGGAAUAUGGUCACAGGAUUUUCAGAUAUUUUCUCUGUCCCUUUGUUGUUUUGUUUGUCGUGAAGAAUAAUAUUUGUGUGAAUGAAGACCAUGAUUUUGUGAGUUUAGUCUGGUUUUAUUGAUGGACAUUUAUUGAGUGAGGAAAUGUUUAACUGGAACUGUAUGAAGAUAUGU